CCCGCCCCAUUCUCCCGCUUUCCAUCACCCCGCCCCAUUCUCCCUCCUUCCAUCACCGGCCCCAUUCUCCUCCUUCCAUCACCCCGCCCAUUCUCCGCUUUCCAUCAACCCGCCCCAUUCUCCCCCUUUCCAUCACCCCGCCCAUUCUCCCGCUUUCCGUCACCCCGCCCCAUUCUCCCGCUUUCCAUCAACUCGCCCCAUUCUCCCUCCUUCCAUCACCCCGCCCCCAUUCUUCCGCUUUCCAUCACACCCGCCCCAUUCUCCUGCUUUCCAUCACCUCGCCCCAUUCUCCCGCUUCCAUCACCCCGCCCAUUCUCCCGCUUUCCAUCACCCCGCAACAUUCUCCCUCCUUCCAUCACCUCGCCCCAUUCUCCCGCUUUCCAUCACCCCGCCCCAUUCUCCCGCUUUCCAUCAACCCGCCCGAUUCUCCCGCUUUCCCUCACCCCGCCCCAUUCUCCUGCUUUCCAUCACCCCGCCCCAUUCUCCCGCUUUCCAUCACCCCCGCCCCAUUCUCCCGCUUUCCACCACCCCGCCCCAUUCUCCCUCUUUCCAUCACCCCGCCCCAUUCUCCCGCCUUCCAUCGCCCCGCCCCAUUCUCCCGCCUUCCAUCACCCCGCCCCAUUCUCCCGCUUUCCAUCGCCCCGCCCCAUUCUCCCGCUUUCCAUCACCCCCGCCCCAUUCUCCCGCGUUCCAUCACCCCGCCCCAUUCUCCCUCCUUCCAUCACCCCGCCCCAUUCUCCCUCCUUCCAUCACCCCGCCCCAUUCUUCCCGCUUUCCAUCACCCCGCCCCCAUUCUCCCGCUUCCAUCACCCCGCCCCAUUCUCCCUCCUUCCAUCACCCCGCCCCAUUCUCCCGCUUUCCAUCACCCCGCCCCAUUCUCCCGCUUUCCAUCACCCCGCUCCAUUCUCCCGCUUUCCAUCACCCCGCUGCAUUCUCCCGCUUUCCAUAACCCUUCCCCAUUCUCCCUCCUUCCAUCACCCCGCCCCAUUCUCUCUCCUUCCAUCACCCCGCCCCAUUCUCCCGCUUUCCAUCACCCCGCACCAUUCUCCCGCUUUCCAUCACCCCGCCCCAUUCUCCCGCUUUCCAUCACCCCGCGCCAUUCUCCCGCUUUCCAUCACCCCGCCCCAUUCUCCCUCCUUCAAUCACCCCGCCCUAUUCUCCCACUUUCCAUCACCCCGCCCCAUUCUCCCGCUUUCCAUCACCCCGGCCCAUUCUCCCGCUUUCCAUCACCCCACCCCAUUCUCCCGCUUUCCAUCACCCCGCCCCAUUCUCCCGCUUUCCAUCACCCCGACCCAUUCUCCCGCUUUCCAUCACCCCGCCCCAUCCUCCCGUUUUCCAUCACCCCGCCCCCAUUCUCCCUCCUUCCAUCACCCCGCCCCAUUCUCCCGCUUUCCAUCAUCCCGCCCCAAUCUCCCGCUUUCCAUCCCCCCGCCCAUUCUCCCUCUUUCCAUCACCCCGCCCCAUUCUCCCUCCUUUCCAUCACCCCGUCCCAUUCUCCUGCUUUUUUGUCACCCCGUUCCCAUUCUCCCGCUUUCCAUCACCCCCGCCCCAUUCUCCCCGCUUUUCCAUCACCCCGCCCCAUUCUCCCGCUUUCCAUCAUCCCGCCCCAUUCUCCCGCGUUCCAUCACCCCGCCCAUUCUCGCUCCUUCCAUCACCCCGCCCCAUUCUCCCGCUUUCCAUCACCCCGCCCCAUUCUCCCGCUUUCCAUCACCCCGCUCCAUUUCUCCCGCUUUCAUCACCCCGCCCCAUUCUCCCUCCUUCCAUCACCCCGCCCCAUUCUCCCGCUUUCCAUCACCCCCGCCCAUUCUCCCGCUUUCCAUCACCCCCGCCCCUUCUCCCUCCUUCCAUCACCCCGCCCCAUUCUCCCGCUUUCCAUCACCCCCGCCCAUUCUCCCGCUUUCCAUCACCCCGCCCCAUUCUCCCGCUUUCCAUCACCCCCGCCCCAUUCUCCCGCUUUCCAUCACCCCGCCGCAUUUCUCCCGCUUUCCAUAACCCUGCCCCAUUCUCCCUCCUUCCAUCAUCCCGCCCCAUUCUCCUCCUUCCAUCACCCCGCCCCAUUCUCCCGCUUUCCAUCACCCCGCACCAUUCUCCCGCUUUCCAUCACCCCGCCCCAUUCUCCCGCUUUCCAUCACCCCGCGCUCAUUCUCCCGCUUUCCAUCACCCCGCCCCAUUCUCCCUCCUUCCAUCACCCGCCCUAUUUUUUUCCAAUCACCCUCUUUCCCCAUCGCCCGCUUUCCAUCACCCCGCCCCAUUCUCCCGCUUUCCAUCACCCCGCCCCAUUCUCCCGCUUUCCAUCACCCCGCCCCAUUCUCCGCUUUCCAUCACCCCGCCCCAUUCUCCCGCUUUCCAUCACUCCGCCCCCUUCUCCCGCUUUCCAUCACCCCGCCCCAUUCUCCCGCUUUCCAUCACCCCGCCCCAUCUCCCGCUUUCUAUCACCCCGCCCCAUUCUCCCUCCUUCCAUCACCCCGCCCCAUUCUCCCGCUUUCCAUCACCCCGCCCCAUUCUCCCGCCUUUCCAUCACCCUGCCCCAUUCUCCCUCCUUCCAUCACCCCGCCCCAUUCUCCCUCCUUCCAUCACCCCGCCCCAUUCUCCCGCUUUCUAUCACCCCGCCCCAUUCUCCCGCUUUCCAUCACCCCGCGCCAUUCUCCCGCCUUUCCAUCACCCCGCCCCAUUCUCCCUCCUUCCAUCACCCCGCCCCAUUUCUCCCGCUUUCCAUCACCCCGCCCCAUUCUCCCGCGUUCCAUCACCCCGCCCCAUUCUCCCUCCUUCCAUCACCCCGCCCCAUUCUCCCUCCUUCCAUCACCCCGCCCUAUUCUCCCGCUUUCCAUCACCCCGCCCCAUUCUCCCGCUUUCCAUCACCCCGCCCCAUUCUCCCGCUUUCCAUCACCCCGCCCCAUUCUCCCGCUUUCCAUCACCCCGCCCCAUUCUCCCGCUUUCCAUCACCCCGCCCCAUCUCCCGCUUUCUAUCACCCCGCCCCAUUCUCCCUCCUUCCAUCACCCCGCCCCAUUCUCCCUCCUUCCAUCACCCCGCCCCAUUCUCCCGCUUUCCAUCACCCUGCCCCAUUCUCCCUCCUUCCAUCACCCCGCCCCAUUCUCCCUCCUUCCAUCACCCCGCCCCAUUUUCCCGCUUUCUAUCACCCCGCCCCAUUCUCCCGCUUUCCAUCACCCCGCGCCAUUCUCCCGCUUUCCAUCACCCCGCCCCAUUCUCCCUCCUUCCAUCACCCCGCCCCAUUCUCCCGCUUUCCAUCACCCCGCGCCAUCCUCCCGUUUUCCAUCACCCCGCCCCAUUCUCCCUCCUUCCAUCACCCCGCCCCAUUCUCCCGCUUUCCAUCACCCCGCCCCCAUUCUCCCGCGUUCCAUCACCCCGCCCCAUUCUCCCUCCUUCCAUCACCCCGCCCCAUUCUCCCUCCUUCCAUCACCCCGCCCCAUUCUCCCGCUUUCCAUCACCCCGCCCCAUUCUCCCGCUUUCCAUCACCCCGCCCCAUUCUCCCUCCUUCCAUCACCCCGCCCCAUUCUUCCUCCUUCCAUCACCCCGCCCCAUUCUCCCUCUUUCCAUCACCCCGCCCCAUUCUCCUUCCUUCCAUCACCCCGCCCCAUUCUCCCUCCUUCCAUCACCCCGCCCCAUUCUCCCGCUUUCCAUCACCCCGCCCCAUUCUCCCGCUUUCCAUCACCCCGCCCCAUUCUCCCGCUUUCCAUCACCCCGCCCCAUUCUCCCGCUUUCCAUCACCCCGCUGCAUUCUCCCGCUUUCCAUAACCCUUCCCCAUUCUCCCUCCUUCCAUCACCCCGCCCCAUUCUCUCUCCUUCCAUCACCCCGCCCCAUUCUCCCGCUUUCCAUCACCCCGCACCAUUCUCCCGCUUUCCAUCACCCCGCCCCAUUCUCCCGCUUUCCAUCACCCCGCGCCAUUCUCCCGCUUUCCAUCACCCCGCCCCAUUCUCCCUCCUUCCAUCACCCCGCCCUAUUCUCCCGCUUUCCAUCACCCCGCCCCAUUCUCCCGCUUUCCAUCACCCCGGCCCAUUCUCCCGCUUUCCAUCACCCCGCCCCAUUCUCCCGCUUUCCAUCACCCCGCCGCAUUCUCCCGCUUUCCAUAACCCUGCCCCAUUCUCCCUCCUUCCAUCAUCCCGCCCAUUCUCCCUCCUUCCAUAA